AGAGUCGGCCUCGUGACCAGAAGGUUGCCGGGUCGAUCCUCAGGGCCGGCGGGUAACGAUUGAGGUGUCCUUGAGCAAGGCACCUCAGCCCUACUUGCUCCCCGGGCGCUGCAGUGAAAGCUGCCCACUGCUCUGGGUGUACGUGUGUUCACCACUUGCUGUGCGUAUAUAGAAGGUGGGUGGUGGGGGGUUCCAACAUGUGCCCCUGUUAUCUCUUUAUAAGCUGUACCUGGGACCCAGGACGAAUCACAGACCUUCUCCAUCCGACAGACGUCUGCUUGCAAACCAAAGGAAGAUCAGCAGGAAGCAAGCUUCUGAACAUCAGCCUCUGCUGUUAGAAAAUAUCAACUCUCAGCAUGAUGUGGAAAAUCACAGUUCUAACAGUGUGUCUGCUGUUGGCUGGAGUUGGAGCACUGGACAGCCCUUCAUAUGGAGUGAAAUUAUGCGGCCGGGAGUUCAUCCGUGCUGUAAUCUUUACCUGCGGAGGCUCUCGAUGGAAACGCUCUUUGACCAACACAGAUGAAAUACUGGACCUAUUAAACUCAGAUGAUAAUAACGCCGCAGAUAGCUCGCUGCUUCUUCCCGGUUCUUCGUUUUCCCAGCAUUCCACUGACUUUAAUACUCUGGCGGUGGCGCAAGGUGAACAGGAAGGUGCUGUGUUCAGGAGGCCUGCGCGUUCUGCCAUUUCAGAAGAGGUGCUCGAAGCGUUGCGGACCGUUGAUAGAAAAGGACGUGAUGUAGUGGUGGGACUCUCCAAUGCCUGCUGCAAGUGGGGAUGCAGCAAAGGAGAAAUCAGCUCCCUUUGCUGAAAAAAAACUACCUUGUGGCAUGUGUCUAUGUCUGUGUGUGUCUGAGUGUGAAUUCAUGUUUCCACCCUAAUCAUUCUAUAUUUUUCUCAAUCCCUGUGUGUAUGGCAUGCAAAUGUAUUUUUUUA